CUGCAUGAAAUACCGGAACUGCCAAAACUAAAGACUGACAUAUUCUGUUGGGUCAAGCGAGACCCACACGGAACCAAUUCAAGGACCAAAGCCUUUAAAGCAUAUGCCGAAUAUGUUUUAGUAGCUUAGAAGAAGAAACCGCAACGCAAUGUUUCUGCCUGUCAAAUCGAAUCACACCGCCGACUCGAGUGGCAACAAUGAGGAUGUCACCACCACCAGCAACAAUUCCACACAAACGCCCAGCGAUCUGAGCCCACCGGGUCCCAAUGAGGAGGUGCUGCCACAGGCGCAUCAUCAAAAUCCGGGACACUGCAUCGCCUCCUUUGCGGCCAUCAAUCAGAUGAGAAAUAAUGCACAGCUCUGCGAUGUGCGCCUCGAGGUGGGCGGCGAAACCAUCAAUGCGCAUCGCGUGGUGCUGGCUUCCGUCUCGCCUUACUUCUACGCCAUGUUCAAUGAUGAUAUGCUCGAGCGUACACAGGGCUUGGUGCGGCUGCACGAUGUGGACAGCUCGGCGCUGCGUCAGCUAAUCGACUACACCUACACUGGUGAGAUAACCAUCACGGAGCAGAAUGUCCAGGUGCUGCUGCCGGCAUCGGGUCUGCUGCAGAUGCACUCGGUGCGUGAUGCUUGCUGCAAGUUUCUGCUGCGCCAGCUGCAUCCAUCCAACUGCCUGGGCAUACGCAGCUUUGCCGACGCCCACUCCUGCAAGGAGCUCCACACGCGCUCCCACAAAUACGCGCUGCAGAAUUUCCAGCAGGUGGUGGGAACGGAGGAGUUUCUGCUGCUGCCCUUCGAGGAGGUCAAGGAAUUGAUAUCGAACAGCCAGCUGAACAUCAGCUCCGAGGAGAAGGUGUUUAUGGGCGUGCUGAGCUGGGUGAAGCACGAUCUGGCCAAGCGUCGACUGCACAUUGCCGAGCUCAUGUCGCAUGUUCGCCUGCCCCUGGUCAGCCGCGAUUUCCUGAUGAGCUGCGUCGAGACGGAGACCCUGAUGCGCGACGACUCCGAGUGCAAGGAGCUGCUGCUGGAGGCCAUGAAAUACCAUUUGCUGCCGGAGCAGCGCAGCCUGAUGGGCAGCCAGCGCACCCAGGAGCGGCGGCCCGAGGGCAUGCGACCCUACAUCUUUGCCGUGGGCGGUGGCAGUCUCUUUGCCAUACACAACGAGUGCGAGGUCUAUAAUCCGCGCUGCAACAGCUGGUCGCCCGUGGCGCCGAUGCUCUGGCGUCGCUCCCGCUCGGGCGUCACAUCGCUGCACAAGCAGCUGUAUGUGGUGGGCGGCUAUGAUGGGGUCAGUGAUCUGGCCACGGCCGAGUCCUACAAUCCGUUGACCAACAAGUGGAGCAACAUCACACCGAUGGGCACCAAGCGCAGCUGCCUGGGCAUCUGUGCCUACGAUGGCCUGAUCUUUGUCUGCGGCGGCUACGAUGGCGCCUCCUGCCUGAGCAGCAUGGAGCGAUACGAUCCACUGACGGGCAUCUGGAGCUCCUGCCCGGCCAUGAGCACGCGUCGUCGCUACUGUCGCCUGGCCGUGCUCGAGAAUCAAAUCUAUAGCCUGGGCGGCUUCGACUCCACCAACUAUCAGUCGAGCGUGGAGCGCUUCGAUCCACGCGUGGGCCGCUGGCAGCCCGUGCCCAGCAUGACGGCUCGCCGCAGCAGCUGUGGCGUCGCCUCCACCGAUGGCCAUCUGUACUGCAUUGGCGGCAACGAUGGCACCAUGUGCAUGUCCAGCGGCGAACGAUUCAAUUUGCGACGCAACUGCUGGGAGCCCAUUGCAGCGAUGCAUUCGCGCAGAUCCACGCAUGAGGUGGUGGAGGUGGAGGGCGUGCUGUUUGCCUUGGGCGGCAACGAUGGCAGCUCCUCGCUGAACUCUGUGGAACGCUACGAUCCACGGCUGAACAAGUGGAGCGUGGUGAAUGCGAUGGUGGCGCGUCGCAGCUCUGUGGGCGCGGCAGUGCUGGAGUGCUUCCAUUUGGAGCGCGGACUGGUGCAGACGACGAACUUAUGACCCCCCCCGCCGCUGAGCAGCA